AUGGUGACGGCCACAGGAGACCUGGGAUACACCACAGCUUUCCAAACCGAGGAGACAAUGAUAGAGGCUGAGCUGCCAUGUGGACAGCUGUUUACCUUCACUGUUAAAGCUCAAGAUGAUCGAUGUGACAGCGCUGUGAGUCAGCAUGAAGAGUUCAAGACAGGUCCUUGCGUGCCUGAGCAUGUGCGGACCUAUACACAGUGUGAGAACAAUACAAGCUCGGCCAGCUGGGCCAAAAGUGAUGGGACGGAUACCUACUUGGCCAUCGCAGUGGGACAAGACGGCCACACCCAUGUGUGCACCACAAACACCACCAUGUGUACUUGGGACGACCUGCACUGUGGUGAACAGUAUACUGUUCACGUCAUUGCGAAUGACUACCGGUGCAGCAGCAUGCCGAGCAACAGCACUUCAAUACGAAUGGCUCCCUGUAUUCCCCAGAACUUGAAAUCAUCCCUGAACUGCACUAUGAAGGUGGGAUCGCUGACCUGGGAUCCAAGUGACACUGCUGAUUCUUACAUUGUGACGGCAGACAACAACAGUGGCCACAUAAUUCAGCUCAGCACAAAUGAAACCUGGACCUAUAUAUCUGAGUUCCUGUGCGGCCAGGAGUACUCGCUGUCUGUUCAGGCAUUUGACUCUGUGUGCACAAGCCUCCCCAGUCAGCCCUCAAUGCUUGUGUCAGAGCCCUGUCCACCUACAGGCGUCUCCAGCUUCAUGAACUGCCUCUCAAACAUCGCUGUGGUGACGUGGUACGGCUCGGCCGGGGCGGAGUACUACACUGCCACGGUGACGCAGGAAGAUGGACAGUCAAGCAGCUGCUGGUCCGACAGCGAGCACUGUGGCAUGCCUGACCUCUACUGUGGAAAGAACUACACAGUGACGGUCGUCGCCUCAAACGAGCGGUGUAACUCUGACCCCAGUGAGGCCGACACGCUGCAGUCGGUGCCUUGUGUUCCUGCUGAUGUGGAUGUGAAGAUAGACUGCUCUAUGAAUCAGGCUCGUGUGUCCUGGGGUGCCAGCGAGGGGGCUCUAUCCUACAAAGUGACAGCUCGGAGCACACGUGGAGCCAUGUCCUCCUGCGAGAGUGCAGAGGUUACAAUGUGCACCUUGACCAACCUGACCUGCGGCCAGUCCUACUCUGUCCAGGUGGUGGCGGAGGAUGAUACUUGCUCAAGUUUACCCAGCCCAGCUAUAGAGUUCAAGUCAGUUCCCUGCACACCUAACAUGGGCUCAGUGGUUCUGGACUGCUACACCAACUCGGCCCUUGUGGACUGGGCCUAUGCAGAGGGCGCUGUCGAAUACACCGCAACAGCUCGUUCCUCUAGUGGCCAUGUUUCCAUCUGCAACGCCAACUCCAGCUACACCAACUGCGAGCUUGACCUGGAGUGUGGCCAGACCUAUAAUGUGAUGGCUGUGGCCUCAAAUGAGAAUUGCAGCAGCCCUCCAAGCACCAGUAAGCAGGUGGAAUCAGUGGCUUGUCCUCCUGAAGACAUUGAGCCUAUAGUGGACUGUUCUACCAACACAGCCCGAGUGGAGUGGCAGGGCAGCAGAGGAGCCGAUUACUACAUUGUCCAAGCCCGGGGCAUAGAAGAACAUGAAACUAGUUGCGAGGCAGAGUCAAACUACUGCAUCCUCUCAGAUCUUAUGUGUGGCUUCACCUACAACAUCAGCGUGACUGCCGUCAACAGCGUGUGCAAUGUCUCUCAGACUGACAUGAAACAGCUACAAGCAGCGCCCUGUGUGCCACAGCGGGUGGAGGCCCGGGUGGUUUGUGAUUCUGGCGCAGUGGCGGUCUCCUGGGAGCCCAGCAAAGGGGCAACGUCAUACACAACAUUUGCCCAGGGCAAUGGCGGCUAUGCGUCAACAUGCAACGGCAGCGGGACAACAUGCCUGUUCGAUGACUUACUAUGCGGCCUCAACUACUCUAUUACUGUUAGCGCUUCAGAUGAGACGUGUAGCAGCGCUGGGAGCUCUGCUGUGGAGCUCAGCACAGCUCCAUGUGUACCACAAAACGUAACUGCAGAGAUGGUGUGCACUAAUGACACAGGCGUUGUGUACUGGGAAGAAGGGGAGGGUGUGUCGUCCUACAUGGUGCGAGCUUACGGGCCCGAUGGUCACAUGACUCAUUGUAACAGCACCACAGACUGUUGCCAUCUGCCCAACAUGCAUUGUGGCCAACUCUACAACCUGACAGUGACAGCUCAGGAUGGACGGUGUGACAACAGCCACGCCUACCUCAACCUGCAGUCAGUGCCUUGCAGGCCAACCAACGUUAAGGCUUCCCUGCAAUGUCACUCAAACUCUGCUGCAGUGACAUGGGAGCGAGCCAGUGGAGCACAUUCCUAUCUUGCGGUGGCUGUUGCAGAAGAUGGACGCCACCGGAUUGAAUGUAACAACAGCAUGACCUUCUGUGACCUGAGGGACCUGCAGUGUGGACAGACCUACAAUGUGAGCGUUUUCGCACUGGAUGAUUCUUGCUCCAGUGUGGAGAGCGACAAGGCUUACGUGCGCACAGCCCCUUGUGCCCCCCAGGAUGUGGCUGUUGAAGCACAGUGUGAUGAAGAUGCCAUGACAGUGUCCUGGCUCACCAACCCCGAUGCCCAGUACUUUCACGUGGCUGCAGUUAGCAGCAGUGGGGCAAGACUCUACUGUAACUCCAGUGGUGUUGCCUGCACCAUAACAGAUCUACCAUGCGGACAGACCUACAAUGUGACUGUGCUGUCUGUCAGAGAUGGAUGUGAGAGUAAGCCCAGCCAUGUGGUACAGACUUGCUCAGCUCCGUGUGUGCCCAGGAACACUGUGGGCCGUCUGGACUGCAUAUCAAACUCCGCCUGGGUGAUGUGGGACGCCUCAGAAGGAGCCACCAGCUACUCUGUGCUGGCCCAAGGGGUGGGAGGUCAAAACUCCAGCUGCAGCUCCACCUCAUCCCCCUGUAAUGUCCCAGAUCUGGAGUGUGGGACACUUUACACCUUCUAUGUCACUGCCAUCAACAAACACUGCCACAGUAAUCACAGCACCACCUUUGAGCUCGAGACAGGUCCUUGUGCUCUAACAUCCAUUAGUGCAGUGACACAAUGCAACAGCGACACAAUCCUGGUUGAAUGGGAAAUGAUGGAGAACUCACCUCUCUACGUGGUGUCCGCUGAAGGCCACGACCAAACAGUCAUUACCUGUAACAGCACCUCCUACUCAUGUGAACUUGAGGAUAUCCAGUGUGGCAUGCAUUACAGCAUCAUAGUAUCAGCUUCCUCUGAUAAGUGCAGCAGCCUCAGAAGCCCACCGAAGAAGAUCAAAACAGCGCCCUGUGUCCCAGACAAUGUGACAGCGGUGCCAUCUUGUGAGGACAAUGGAGCCACAGUGAUGUGGGGACACUCCCCUGUGGCCACAUCCUACCUACUGACGGCCACAGGCUCGGAUGGACAUGUCGUGAGGUGCAACACCUUAGUGAAUAACUGCACCCUAGCUGAUCUGCACUGCGGACAGGUGUACAACUUAAGCAUCACCGCCUCUGGAGAAAACUGCACCAGCCAGCCAAGCUUUUCAACCUUCAGAACAGUGCCCUGUGAACCCUCCGGUCUUGCAGUGGAUAUCGAUUGCGAGACCAAUUCUGCCAUGCUGUCUUGGGAUGCCAGUGAGGGCGCUGUCGAGUAUUUCGGCUGUGCCCAACCUAUGUAUGGAGACGCACUCUACUGCGACAGCCCCGGCCCCUACUGCACCAUCGAGGGCCUGGAAUGUGGUGACAUUUACAAUUUCUCUGUCGAAGCCUCUAACGGCGUCUGCAACAGCUCGUUUAGUCCACCUGUGCAGGAAGGAGCAGCUCCGUGCCCUCCAACUAAUGUCACUGCACGAAUGCAGAGGAUAGGCCAGACUCACUGGGCCAUGACAUCAUGGGAAAGCGUCGAUUGUCCUGACGUCGAGUACCUUGCAGAGAUAACCGGUCGAAUCCAAAAUGAUCCACAGGCCAUGAUGAAGGUCUCAUCCUACUGGAGGCCCAGGCCAUAUUUUGAGCUCCCUAUGCCUUGCAGCACAGCGUAUAAUCUCACUGUACGUUCCAGAAACUCAGCUGGGACCAGCGAGUCAUCAGCUGCCUUCACUGGAGUCACGGUGCCUUGUGCUCCGCAGAACGUGGAAUACACUGGUGAUACACAGUCUGCUGUGAUUUCCUGGGAUGAGUCCGUGCUUGCCACAAGCUACAGCAUCUACAAUGUGUCGGGGGCAGGACGAGUUGAGCUGUGCAGCACCCCUGGACUCUUCUGUGAGCUGACCAGCUUUGAUCCCAGCGCCAUUGAAGUGACAGCCAGCAAUGCAGAAGGAGAGAGCAUCCCUAACCGAGAUAUUAUAGGUCCAGUAGCAGCUCGCAGAAGAAGAGAUUUGCGAGCCAGUGAAAUCUAUGCCCAUUUAGACACAGAUCUGGAGACCCCAAAAGUGACUGUCACAGUAAGUGGAGUUUCAUUGUAUGUGAAUUGGUUGCCAGUGAAGGGUGCAACCGAGUACACAGUCUGGAUAAAGGAGGACAAGAGAAGGAAUCAGACCAAUAAUGACUUCAGAGUGAGAACCACUGAAGGUAUUUUUCACAAAGAGACUGGCCUCAAGCCGUGGACCACCUACAUCGUCAGGCUGGCAGCCAAAAACACCACUAACCAAAGCAACUACUCCACACCAGAACGCACAACCACUGGUGCCCCCUAAUGAAAUACCACCGAUCCACUUCAAUAGACAAUGGACUCAACAGGAAUAUCAUCACAUGGCUUAUACAUUUUCUUCACUCUGUAGCAUCCAUAACAGAA